AUGGCUUCUAAUCCGAAUUCAGAAACUACUCCUCUCAUUGGUAAUCAUACAAGCAAUCACAACUCUUCUACAUCUCGUACCAAAUGGAAUAAAAGAAGAAUUUAUGCAUCCAUUCUUUUGACCGAAACCCUGGAAAGAAUGACCUACUAUGGCCUUACUGCCAAUUUAGUCAUUUACCUUUCUUUAACGAAUUCUCUCAAUGUAUCUAGCUACUACUCCAUAUUAAUACAAAAUAGCUUCAAUGGUGUUAAAUUUUUCAUGUGCUUUUUUGGUGGCUGGUUUGCCGAUGCCUAUGUUGGUCGUUAUAAAGCAAUUAUUCUCGGUUUAAUAACUUAUGCUGUAGGCAUCGCCUUGUUUCCUAUUGCAAGCAUACCCAAUUAUUUCCCUCAAUAUCAGCAUAAACAUUUUCCAAUCAAGCCAUUAAUCAUUAGCGGAUUAUUUCUUGUUGCUAUUGGUUGUGGAUUAGUCAAGUCCAAUUUACCACCUUUUGGUGCUGAACAGGUCAAACGUAAUCGUUCCGGUAGAAGUAAGGAAGCGGUGACUCAAAGUUUCUUCAAUUGGUUUUAUUGGUCCAUUAAUCUUGGAUCAUUAUUGGCUUAUCUAAUAGUAGCGUACAUGCAGCAAAAGCAAGAGAGAUUUUUCGUUUCCUAUCUCAUCUUGGUGACUUGUAUGCUGUUGGCUAUUGUUGCAUUUCUAAGUAGUCAUAAUAUUUAUCAUCUACAUCAUCGUCCAUCCAAUCGAGUUGGACAGACUCUCCGUUUGCUUGCGCGACGCUGUUGUUGCUUCAGUCUGCGUUCUUCCCGUCAUGAUGUCGAUCAUCAUCGUCCUACGCCUACUGACUAUGAUAACGCUCAUAACAGUAGCCACUUAAUUCCGCCAUCAACUCCAGAACGACUAAUAAGUAACCCAGAACAUAGCGGUAAUCCAACCAAUAGUGCCAUCAAUGAAGCUGAAAUCAAAAAUAUUAAGAAAAUUGCCAUUAUUUUUAUAUCAUUACUCCCUUUUUGGGCCGCGUAUUCCCAGAUGCAGAGUACUUACUUACUGCAAGCCCUUCAUUUGAAGCUUUAUCCUCAAAACACUCAUCCCAGUUUUGUAAUCCCUGUAGCUUGGUUAUCGCUAUUCGAUAUCUUCGUUAUUUUAGCCUUUUUACCGGUGCUCGAUCGAUUUAUAUAUCCUUAUUUCGAAAGGCUAGAUAGACCUAUUACUGUCUCAAUACGUUUUGUAAUUGGUUUAGUGUUUGCUUUUAUUUCGGUAUUAUGGGCGGCUGAAUUGGAAGUGAUUCGUUCAAGUUAUGGCGUAUUAAAUCAACAAAUCGGUGAUAUCCUUGUUCAAGCUUCAGAUGUUUGGGUAUACUGGCAAAUACCUCAGUAUAUCUUUAUUGGGUUUAGUGAAAUGUUUGCGUCGGUAACAGCUAUGAAAUUUGCCUACUCACGGGCACCUCCUCAUUUACAAGGUACUGUCAUGGGAUUCUUUGACCUCAUGACUGGAGUUGGAUAUUUUCUUGGGCUUGGCGUCUUAGCAAUAUUACGUAGUGUUGAUUUAUUGAAAUUGAUUAGUCGUGUUCGAAACACGCCUGGUAUGGGAGUGUUUGAAAAUUCACGACUUGACACCUAUUUUCUCAUUUUAGCGGCUAUGAUAUUUUUAACUAUAGUCAUCUUUAUAAUUUUUGACAUAAAGUACAAUAUUGAUGUUCUCAAUGUAACUUCUAGUGCUAAAGUUACAUCGAAUAAGGAUGUAACGCAAUCUGGGUUGUACAUCAAUGAUCGCGUUAAUAGCCAUGUGAACGAUAGUGGCAUAGUGACAUGA